GUUAAAGUUAAUGUUGGCAGCUUACCGAAAAGUCGGCAAAGGAAAAGCGAAACGAAAGUAGUGUGUGCGUGUGUCGAGGAUGUUGGGCAAUUAAUGUUCUGUUUCUUCAAUCUCGAACUCAUUCAGUGCGCCUCGUCGGACGACUUCCCCCACUUCCGUGUAGUGCAAAAAGCUUCGUCCUUCCACUCCACCACCCCCUGUUUGCCCGUUUGAUCUUCUUCAACCUUCGCCCCGCCUGCGGAAUUGUUCAUGGCUCGACAGUAAUGGGUUCGGAGGCUCUUCCCGGGUGCACGCCCAAGCUCCCCGACAAGGAAUCUUGACAGUUUCGGGUUUCUCAGCUGGUGCUCUGGCGAUUCCUGCUCGAUAGCCGCAAGAAAGAGGUCGAAUUCGCUUCUGGGUCUUGAUUGCUUCGCCCAAAGGCAAGGUCUUUAUCUCCAUCCAUCGUCAAGAAUUUGGAAAGCGAGGGGUGGUUCUUGCUUCGGUGCUGACCUUUCUCGUGAUGUCUCGAUUUGGGUCUUUCCUGGGCGUCAUCCUCUGCUGUGAUUGACGUCUCUUUUCCCUCUGUGCCGAUUCGGAGCGAUGGGUGUGAUCUGGGUUAGGUCUUAGCACAUCAUCCCAAAACACUUUUUGAUGAGGUUUUUUGUUUGCAAGCUCCAUUGCCCUCCUUUUGUGUGCUUUUGCAAGCCCUCCUCUCACAUUUACGCUCCUGGACCGUUGAAAUUGGAGGAUGCCCCCCAUGUCCCUCCACCAGAAGUCUCGGUCUCUGAUGGCUCUGAUCAGUUGUGUGGAGAGACCGCUGAGGUCGGAGAUGAUGCGGGUUUAGAUGAGAAGAACGGAGAAACUGAUAAAGUCAUCAUCAAGAGCUGCCUCAAGAAGAAGAAGGCAGGUUUGGAAGCACUCUGUGCUGAGAAGAAGCAAGUGCAAUGGGUGGACUUGUUAGGGAAGGAGCUUGCUGAGGUCAAGGAGUUUGAAUCUAGUGAAGUGGAAGAAGAUUAUGGAGGUAAUGGACACAAUCUCUGUGUCAUUCUUUGAGACCUAUUCUGUCUCCGGUGCUUGUAUGAAGCAAGCAUUCUGAUGAUAAGACGCUCAUAGAUCGUCGUCGUACGUCUCUUUUCGACUUUAGAAGAAGUUUCUUCUUUCUGGAGUUGGUAUCUGGAGAUUCGUUAGGUCUCUCUCUCUAUGUAUAGAUAUUGCUGCUCUGCUCUCAAUGCAAGACUCAUUCCAUACGAUUGCUAUUCAAAUAAAAUGCGUCAAAUAUUCUUUUCUUCUU